AUGUUCCGUGGCAGAGGGGGAAUAAAGUAUGCAACGUUCAAUGACGCACAGCUGCUGCACAAGGUGGUGAACGGGGACUUGUUGGGUGUCAAGAAGGAGUUGGUGAACGCUGGAGUGAGUGUAAACGGCAAUCCACGCCUCCUACGAGACAUCACGCUCAUCCUCACAACCGUGAAAGGUCAUAUCCGCAUCGCUGAGUUUCUGAUCGCAAGAGGAGCCAACCUGGAGUCGGCCUGCCUUGAAGACGUUGUAAACGAAAUUGGAGAAAUGUCCGUGAGGAAAGGGACGCGCGCACUUCAUCUUUCCUCCAGCCCUGAAAUCACCUCUGUGUUGCUGAAGGCUGGUGCAUGUCCCGACGCCACGGACGCGGACGGGUGCACCCCUCUCAUGUUGACCACUAAGGACGGAAAGAUGACUCUGCACUUUGCCGUGGGGGCCGGGAACAUCGACGCAGCCUCGUGCCUGUUAGACGCUGCGCCGGAAAAGCUGAAUCACCCGGCGCUAGAAUGCCACAUCACUCCUCUGUACUUCGCAGCGAUGGGAGGGCCGGGGCAAACGAAGGUGCACUCGACGAAGGUGGGAAACACGCCGUGGACUCUAUCGGAUCGCUGGUGA